AUGCCUGAGAGAGACGAGAUGCGUCACAACUCGACGCGUAUGCCUGGGGACCCGGCCCCAGCGAGCUCGUAUUGCCCACGCGGCCUCUCUGUUUCCCACCGGCCCCGAAAAGCCUCCACCUCCACACGGUUGACACUAGGAUGGUGGAUUGCUCUGGUCUGUCUGCUCUGGACAGCGCCAGCAGCAGCGGUGCGGCUAGAGUUUGACAACUGCCUGAGCAAAUCGAUCCUCGACUCUAACCCGGCGCAGCUCCAAUACGUGCCUCUUGAUGUCGCCGUUAGAUACAACCUGAGCGACCCUUUACAUCCGCUGAAUGUGACGGUUUAUGGAAAUGUUACAGGCACAGCCGACCGGACGUCGGACUAUCCCUCGUGGAACUCCUCGUCGUGGAGUAAUCCAAACGACACCCUCGGCAAGAUCGUGGAUCUGAGCAGUUCGAACAACAAGUACAGCACGCUGCUAACCUCGUUAGACGUGCUGAGCUUUUCGGCAUAUUCCAAUGCCUCGCGGUUUUGCGAUUCUGUCACGCAGGGCGAGUGCCCGCUGGGCCCAGUCUUCAACUACAACUUGAGUGACUUGGGCACCUUGCGCGCUUUCUCUGUCCAACAUGACAUGCUUUCGACGUAUCGCUUUUCUACCAUCACCCCGACUCUAAUCAUCCGAUCCGGCGACGCAGAUGCAGCGGAGAUAGGUUGCAUAACGAUACCGAUCACACCAGACUUCGGCGCGACCCUCAGAAAUGCCUUGGCUUUCGUGCCGAUGGUUAUCCUGAUCUUGGUUGGAGUUGCAACGGUGACUGCUGCUAUGUACAGCCCAUGGGGAACUACGGAUCCUUUCCGAUGGACGAGCAAUUACGGGCGCGACGAGGAUGUUCUUCGACUGAUGACACCUGGAUUUGCAGAUUGCCUGCAGUACCUGCAGUACGUCGUGCUGACAGGCGCUCUGUCGUUGGACUACCCCGGGUAUUUUCAACCAGCCGUCAGCCACGGAUCUUGGUCUGUUCUCAUGUUCAACCAAAGCUUUGUCCAUCCCGAUGGAGGCUAUAACCCGGUUGUAGAUGGUGUCUAUGCGGUCAACGCGACCUACGGACUCGAGCGCAUGAAUCAAUUGGUGGGAAUGGCCACCGCGCGCGAUAUUUGGCCGGGCAUGAUAGUCUGGCUACUAGUCAUCUUGAUUUGCAUCACGAUCCUGACCCAAAUUGGAUUUGGGAUACGCUGGCUCCUCCGUGAGCUGGCACACAACACAGAACAGGAUCUGCGUUCAAAGAAUAUGCCUUUCACCGUUGGCAAUAUCAUUCGCGUUGUAUUUAACUACCUGCUCCUCCCCCUUAUCUCGCUCUCUUUCUUCCAGCUGGUCAUUGCUAGCGGGUCUCCAGCUUACAGCGUUGCGUUGGCGGCACUCGUCAUCCUGAUUCUAAUAUGUUUCUCAAUCUGGAUGGUUCGUGUCAUUGCAUCGACUCGUCCCAAGUCUCAUCUCUUCGACGACCUUCCGACAGUGCUCUUAUACGGGCCACUGUAUAACACCUACUGUGACGAUGCCGCGGCAUUCGCCAUGGUUCCAAUUCUCCUCAACUUUGCCCGUGGCGUGGCCAUUGGAGCCUUACAGCCCUCUGGAAUUGCUCAGGUUGUCAUGUUGGCUAUCUGUGAGGUUGUCUCUGUGCUCACGCUCAUAGCAUUUCGCCCAUUCCCUGCACCGACGCACAUGAACCUCUACCACGGCGUUUUCUCCAUCAUUCGAUUCUUGACGAUUAUACUUAGUGUUGUGUUUGUUCCAUCUCUCACAGUCUCAAACGCCACCCGCGGAUGGGUCGGUUAUGUGAUUCUCGUGCUGCAUGCUUUGGUUCUUAUUUUUGGAUUCUUCCUGAACGCUCUUCAAACAUUGAUUGAGGUCUUGGCCAGACUCGCUGGUGCUGGUGGUGCUACUCGUGGUGGCUUGGUUAAGGUUUUAGGUAUGCGGCAACUGUCAAGACGGGCACCGAAUCGCGAUAUCACACGCCAGAGCCUCGGAUCAGAGGCAGCUAUGCUCGCACACGUUGACGAUCGUAUGUCAUCUCAGUUUGACGGGUCCCGCCCCCGCAGUCUAUCGGGCAGUUCUGCCUUGCUGUUGAACCGUGCUACGGCUAGCGAGGGACGCGCUAGUGCAGUACUCGAGUAUGCCAGCUCCCAAGGUGGCACACACAGCCGCGCUGCUAGUGGUGGCCUAUAUACGCAGUCACCCACUGCGUACACCGGAGCUGGCUUCCCCAGUGACUCACCAAAUAGCAGCACCUUCAUCGGCGCGCAUCCUCGGGAUCCGUACUAUCGACCGCCUCGACCUGGGCGUCGAACGUCAUCCCAGCCAGACUCACCGAUUGAGCCUCCACCUAAGGGGAAAAGAAGCUCAAGGAGCUUCAUGAAGUCUAGCCGGGCUAAUACGGACGAGGAUUUGGAGUUCGCAACGCCAAUGUCGGGACGAGGCACGCCAACGCCAGCUUAUUUGCCAGCUCCCAAGGAUGAUCUGGAAUUGGAGGAUCCUCGGAAGCGGAAGGAUUAUGCCGUGCGUGAGGUGGACUUCUAUUAUCGCGUGCGCGGUCCUCCACUAUCGCAUACCGGCACUCGCAAGUUGAAGACGGGACCUGCAGAUCCCACAGGCCCCGUCUCUUCUGCCACGGGCUGGUUCCGCAACAUGUUCCAAGGCAAGACCAAGGACAAAGGAAAGGGGUUCGAGGUCGUCCGAAGUGCUCGGGCACCACCUCCCGGUCUCUUCCAUGAGGGCACCUAUAACGAGGAGCCAUAUCAUGACGAUCCUGAAGAUGCAGCGGUUGGCGGCCACUCUCGUCAAGUCUCUGGCGGAGAGGAGCCAUACAGAUACUCCGAAGGGGACCCCGAAGGCCAACGGUCCAACGAAGCCCGCGCUCCUGUUCUGCCCCAAGUGAACUCGGUCGGAAGCAUCGAACUCCCCAGCCGAGUCGGCUCGCGCCGCACUCAAGCACAAGAAGGCACGGAAGAACCGGCCGCACCCCUCCCAAUCGUCACCGAAACAACCUCCCCCCAGCCAAAACCCGGCUCGGAUCCCACCUUCCCAGAUGAAGACCACCUCCAACCCUCCUCCCCCGCGACAGCCCGCCUUCCAUUCAGCGGCAGCAGCUCAACAUCCCGCGAACGAGGCCAAUCCCUUGCCUCAGCAUCCGGUUCCCAAAGUUCCUCCCACCGAACAGGUCGCGAAACCCGAACAGACCGCCCAGACCGCCCCUCAAGCAUGGGCUACGUCCCAUCCCACUUGACGCAAGACAACAUCAUUCACGGCAGUCCCGAAGAGCCCUCCUGGGCCGGCAGUGCCGCCGAACUAGUCGACGAUGCAGAGCACGGACACGGACACGGACACGAGCACGAGCACAGGAUUGGGCAAGGGAACACAGAGCCGCCUGAAACCUAA